AUGAACGGCACGGAGGGACCCUUUUUCUAUAUCCCUAUGCUCAACACCACCGGUGUUGUCCGGAGUCCAUAUGAAUACCCUCAGUACUACCUAGUCAACCCUGCGGCCUACGCUGCCCUGGGCGCCUACAUGUUCUUCCUUAUCCUGACGGGCUUCCCUAUCAACUUCCUCACACUCUACGUCACCCUCGAACACAAGAAGCUGCGGACCCCUCUAAACUAUAUUCUGCUCAACCUGGCGGUAGCUGACCUCUUCAUGGUGUUUGGAGGAUUCACCACAACGAUGUAUACCUCAAUGCACGGCUACUUUGUUCUCGGACGCCUCGGCUGCAACGUGGAAGGGUUUUUUGCCACUCUGGGCGGUGAGAUCGCCCUGUGGUCUCUGGUGGUCCUGGCUAUUGAGAGGUGGGUGGUCGUCUGCAAACCCAUCAGCAACUUCCGCUUCACUGAGAACCACGCCAUCAUGGGGGUGGGCUUCUCCUGGAUCAUGGCCGCUACCUGUGCUGUGCCGCCUCUGGUCGGCUGGUCCCGGUACAUUCCCGAGGGCAUGCAGUGCUCAUGUGGAGUCGACUACUACACCCGCGCUGAGGGCUUCAACAACGAGUCUUUUGUUGUCUACAUGUUCAUUGUUCACUUCCUAAUUCCCCUCGUCGUGAUUUUCUUCUGCUAUGGCCGCCUGCUGUGCGCCGUCAAAGAAGCUGCUGCUGCCCAGCAGGAGUCCGAGACCACCCAGAGAGCUGAGCGCGAGGUCACACGCAUGGUCAUCAUCAUGGUCAUUGGCUACCUGGUAUCUUGGUUGCCCUACGCCAGUGUGGCCUGGUACAUCUUCACUCACCAGGGCGCAGAGUUUGGGCCCCUCUUCAUGACCAUCCCCGCUUUCUUUGCCAAGAGCUCCGCUCUCUACAACCCCCUGAUCUACAUCUGCAUGAACAAGCAGUUCCGUCACUGCAUGAUCACCACGUUGUGCUGCGGAAAGAACCCUUUCGAAGAGGAGGAGGGCGCCUCCACCACCAAGACCGAGGCCUCCUCAGUCUCCUCCAGCUCCGUGUCUCCAGCGUAA